AUGGCUGGAGGUGCGCACUAUUUGGAACUGUCGAAACUCCCCGUCACUUUCGACCCUUUGGAGGAGGUGGAGAGCGCCUUCUUCGACCAGAGCAACUUCCAGAUGUUCUGUGUCCAGCACGGCUUCACUGACGUCCGCGUCAAAGGCCUCGCUGAGGAGGACAGCUUCAAAAUAACCAUCCCCGCCCGCGGACCCGUCUCCACCAUCAAGUUCUCGCCGGGAAGCCCGCGGAUUCUGUCCAUCCAGCGGCGGAAGACGAGCGUCGAGUUCGUCAAUAUAUUCUCAGAGCAGAGUACGGAGCGCUCUCUGCCGCUCAAGAACGCCAGCAAUUCCGACGUACUCGGCUUUUACUGGGUCUUCAAGAACGAGUACUUGGUCCUAGUUACGACCGCCGCCGUGGAGCUAUACCAAUGCAACCCCUACCGAAUGACAUUCAAGAUGGUGAGAUCCUUCAACAUCAACAUCUCCUGGGCCAUUUUCUCCCACGAAGACCUGGUUCUAGUCGUCUGCUCGCGAGGGCACAGUCCGUCUCUCCACCCCUUUGCCUUCAGAGAAGGCAGCUCCUCCAUCAUAACUCGACUUCACAAAUUCGACGUCGAGCUACCACCAUCGCGAGAGACCCGGCCGGUCCUCAUGGAGAGAGAAGUGAUGAUAAUGAAGCUCUACGGAGUUAUCUACGUCGCGGUGAUGCGGAACUCCGCCCAGGCGGGGCAGGGAGCCGAGGUGUUCCUCUACCAACUCAUGACCGAGACUCCGGCAAAGCUGUCUCACUGUCUGAGCAUCGAUAUGUCGGGGAGAUUCACUCUGAGCGUUGUCGAUAACCUCGUCGUCGCUCACCAUCAGGGCAUGAAGACUUCGCUUCUCUUCGAUAUUUCGUAUGACGGAGAGCCGCAAGCAACGACGGGGGCAAGAAAACACCUCCCUAUGCUCGCCCCUCUGUCGAUUGCUCCUACUAAGAUGGCAGCGAGGAAGCGACGCAGCGGAGGAGGAGGGAGGAGGAGAAAGGAGUCUCACUCCGCAGUCUUUAACCCCUAA